AUGAAUCUCUGCAAAAACACCGGCCAGAUUCGCCUGAGGACGUCUUCGCUACUCUCGUCGUCGCUAUACAUUCGCAAUAGACGAAGAAUCAUGAGUAGUCAAACUGGAUUAUCAAGACGAAGAGUGGCAGCCGCUUCGACCUCGAACGAUGUGGAUGAUGAAGACCAAAACAAAUCGACACGUCCUACUCUCGCUACCUCUCAAUCCACUUCUAGUUCCUUUUCUGACAUAAAUGCGGCACGAUCUUCACAUGCUGGUACCGCGCUCGCUGGUGGUUCAAAAGUCGCGUACGAUCCCAGGGACCUGGUGGGUUCUGGGAGCGGGGGUGAUGAGGAGGGGAGAGUUCCUAAAUUGACGCUCUUGGAAGAAAUUUUGUUGCUUGGAAUCAAAGAUCGCGCAGUGAGUACUUUUCUUGACACUUUGUGUUUCUAUCUGGGCCGCGUUCGUUCACUUGCUGUUGGCGUCAAGUACGACGUACAAGUAGAAGUCAUAUCUGAAAGGCAGACGGGGGAGACAAUACUAGAUGAAGCCCUGAGGAUGAUCAAGACUACCCAAGAUGGGCCAGGGAAUGGUGUGCCAGGCGAAAAGUUGGGCGUAGGUAGCUGGGUCGACUUGCUGAGUGGUGAAACAUGGAAUGUUAUGAAAAUCGGCUUUCAACUGAAGCAAGUUCGAGAAAGACUAGCAAAGGGGCUUGUCGAUAAAGGAAUCCUUCGAACUGAGAAACGCAACUUUCUAUUAUUUGAUAUGGCUACUCAUCCAGUGGCAGACGCUGCAGUUAAAGAGUCGAUCAUGACGCGUGUAGUUUCUCUGUUAACUGCCCAGACAACAACGAUACCGCCAAACGCGUUGCCUGGUGGUUCCAUCAAGGGGUCCUCGUCAUCCUCUGCCGCACAGGCGAACAUUGAAUUCCCGGUUACACGGGCUGUUUCACUAGUCUGUGCUGCCUAUGCAGCUUCAGUCCUCGAUAAUGCCUUAGUACGACUAGGAUAUGACGAACGAGAAGCGGCCUUUUCAAGGUGCGACGAUCUUCUCAACGAGUUUACGGCAUGGCCGCUUGGGUCAGGUACCACUGCGCCUUCCUCAAGGAGAGAAAUUGCAAGUGGAGGUAGCGGACCAUCCACCAGGGAACUUAUCGGCGCGCUGGUUCAAGCCGUCAAGGGCGAGAUGGCCGCUGCAGAAUGGAUAGCUUGCUAUAGUCAACCCUUCCUUUCCCCUCCCCCUUUUCUUCCCUCUUGCUUCUUUUUAUUGGUGACUUUUGGAAUAGCAGAUCGCGUUUCACAAGUCUCCAUCCUUGUUGGUGCCCGACAAUGUCAGGACAAUGCGACCCAGAUGGUGCAAAGGUCAGGCUCUGCUGGUCCCCUCGAAACUCUAAACUCGGUGAAUUGCGAUCACCAUGGAGUCAAAGAAGGAAUGGAAACCAAUAAAAUGACUCUAGAGGAUGCAUUUCAAAUGGAGACCUUAGGGGCUAUCGAGUACUUAUGGAGUCGGAUCGAACUCCAUUCCUCGCUUGCCACCAUAGAUUGGUUUCUUUCCACAACAGUCCGACCCAUUUCUUUCUUUCCACAAAUUCCACUAGUUACUCCUAAUCUCUCACUCAAUUAA